CCAGCAGCUUGGCGAGGACAGUGAUGUCACUUCCUGUUUCGAUUUCCAGUUGUUUUGUGCUAAGCUAACACGCUAUUUAGCUGUUAAACAUGGCGAUUGGGUUUAAGAAUGAGGUAGUGCUCAUCGUGAACAGCCUGGCCAACGCGGUGGUGUUGGAAAUUUUCAGCGCAGCCGAAAAAGUAUCUUUGAACUCACAAAACCCGGAAGUUGAGGAGAAACUGGGAGCUGUGGUGGACAGCCUGUGUUUGGAGGCUGUAAAUAAAAUCCUGAGGAUCAUUGAGCCGACCCCUGUGAAGCAGGAUGGAGCUGUGGGAGAAGCUCCUCCUACACCUGAGGAGACCUGUGAGGGGUUAAGGACGGCUCAGACAGAUGAAGAGGCAGGUGUCCGGACCUCGCCUACAGAGGACACCUAUGUCCUGGUUGAUGGGAGCUCUGCUGUUGAUCCAAAUUGUCUUCUGGUGUCACUGCCCGGGGACGCUAAUGAUGAUGUGGAUGCUGAAGGUGGAAGGAAAUGCAGUUCCUCCGAGGUGUUGAAGGACCUCCCCUUCCCCGCUCCCCCUCACUCUGAUGACCACAAGUAUGCUCGAUCAUCAUCGGCACCAGCUGCUGCUGCCUCUGUAGAAGAGGGUGGAAUCAGGGGGACUCGCAGAAGCCAGAGGAGAGAGAAGACAGUCAGCUGGAGAGCAGACAAGCUCUUGCAGUGUUCCCGGUGCAACAAGCUGUUUCCAAAUGCCGAGCGGCUGACCGAUCACCAAAGGAAGUCCCACCCACUGUGCUCAGUGUGUGGCGUGGUGCUCAGCGGCAUCCUGAAGCUUCGUGAGCAUAAGAUCAAAGAGCAUGGGCUGCUCCCAUACAGCUGUGACUUCUGUCCAAAGAGAUUCAACCACAAGGCCCACCGCGACCUGCACGUGAAGACACAUCAUACCGGUGAGAAGAACUGCCACUGCGACGUCUGUGGGAAGGGCUACUCCUGCGUCAGCAUGCUCAAGAGCCACAGGCUAACCCACUUUGAUAAGACCUUCAUCUGUGACGUCUGUGGCAAGGCCUUCUACCACGCUUGUCAUCUAACACGUCACAAGCUAGUGCACCAGGAAGUCCGGCCGUACACCUGCUCUACCUGUGGGCGGGGCUUUACCCAGGCUGCCAAUCUGCGCAGCCACCAGGUGACGCACAAUGGAGAGAGGCAGCUCUGCUCAAUCUGUGGGAAGAGCUUUCGCUGCCUAAAGAACCACAUCAUCAGUAAACACGCCCAUGAGCUGGCCCCCUCCGACGCCGUCAUCAGCUGCGAUGUCUGCGGGAAGAAGUUCCCCAACCAGUCACAGCACAGAGCGCACCGACGCAGCCACACAGGGGAGAAGCCCUUCCACUGUGACGUGUGUGGGAAGAGCUACCGGCUGAAGGAGCUGCUGCGAGACCAUCGCUACACACACACAGGUGAUAAGCCAUACAGGUGCUCGCUGUGCGCCAGGAGCUUCAACCUGGCCUCCAGCUUCCUGAGGCACCGUAGCAUCCACAGCGGGGAGACACCAUUCAGCUGCAGUGACUGCGGAAAACACUUCCGCCUGCUCACCUUCCUCAAAGCUCACUUGCAAACCAAAGCUCACCUGAAGUUGGUGCAGCAGAGGCGAAUCAGAGUGUCUUCUGACCUGUGACUUUCUUUUAGGUCCUCCCCCUACUUUGGUUCUUCUGUACCCUCCUGAAACAUCUACCCAUCUUCAUGUCUUUAGCCUGAAGACUCAGUCCUCUGUGGAAAUGGUUCUCCAGUCAGCCAUAAAAUCACCACAGAAGAAGAAAAGAUGUUUGUAGGAAAGUUUAUUAAUAAAACACCAUUCACAGAAGCGUCUUCACAAAUGAUCACAAGACUGGAGCUCAAACAUCCCAUUAUAAUAGCUGAUGUUGUUUAGAGUCUCCAACAGCUGCUGGAGUCCUCCUGCAGAGCUGAUGUUAGAGUCUCAGCCACCGAGGUCCACCAGGAACCAAAACGCUUCACUUAAUGUUACUAAAUAUAAAAGACCCGUACUGAACUGGUCCAUUUAGGGAAAAUAUUGCCCAGAAUGAGUCAUCCUGGCUGGUUGUCCUCUGGACCUGGUUCUCAGUCAUCCAGGUCAUGGCGAUCCAAAAGGGUUCAAAUGAAGGCAACUGGACUUCUUUGGUUUUUUGAAGACAUUUCUGAUUUAUAAGCUGUAGCUGUCUGUUGUUGCUUAACGAGCAGAAGCUACCUGGCAUGGUGCGUCUAUAAGAUACACCGUAGCGGUAACAUUAAUCUGAUGUGCCGGCACGGUGUGUUUUGUAAAAAGGGUCAUAGCUAGCUUCUUUUACUCCUCUCUCAAACCAUCUACCUUCUCUGUCCAGAAUGUGGACUUUGUCAUCUUCAAAGGUGUGUCCUUGUCCUUCAGGUGUAGGAGGACUGAACAGGCGGCUCCUGUGUUGUGCGUAACACCAAUAAAAGGUUAUUCUAUUCCAAGUGAUGUUUUUUCAGAGUUAAAGCAUGGUUUUCCUGUUUGAAGUUGGUAAUUCUAUUUUAUUGAUGCUGCUGUAAUUUGUUGUUGUUCAAACCUGGAGUCAGAUUAAAGGACCUAUACAACAAUUAAUCCCACCUUUGUGUUAGAGCAGUAGGCUUAAUCACCUUUAUGGUGACUGCUUGUUAAUCUGAGGCCUGUUUCAUCUGUUAAAGGAGCAAUCCACCAUUGCCAUGGUUGAACAGAUGUGUUGAGACAACAUGUUUGUUUCCAGGUUUAAAUCAUCAUCGGACAAACAAACAACAAGCUAAUCUUGUUAAUCUUCUUACAGCUUUAAUCUGAAACCAAACAGCUAUAAUGAACAGCAUUAGACAUAAAACCACAUGUGUUGUUUUAUUCAUGUUUUUAUGAGAGGCUUCACUAAACUGGGUACGGGGUCAUCUCCUCGGUGAUAAAAGACCAAUCGACAUUCUAAAUUGCACUUAACAUGAAAUCAUAUCAAAAGGGUUCAGAUGAAGGCAGCUGGACUUCUUUGAUUUCUUGAAGACGUUUCUCUUCUGUAAUGGAAAAUAGUGUAAUGUGGGCUAAAUAAAUUGCUUUAAAAGCUCU